GUGAACUGCCCAGCCAAUGCUGUUUGGUACACAGAAGACAGUUUUCAGUGGUUUCCAGUACUUGAUACUUGCUGUAGCAAUAAUUGUCUUUCGCUCACUGAACCAUAUUGACGGAUACUCGGAGCAUUUUUAGUGGACUUUAGACGAGUCGAGAGUGUGAUCUAUUUAUCUAUCUUCAACAUUCUUAGUGACAGUGCCUUGAUCAUCCUUAAGAUUAAAUUGUCUAGAAGUAAAUAUUAUUUUACUGGAUUUUAUCACACGUGGUGACUCUAUUGUGGAAUUUUGUGUUAAGACUGUGUCUUGUUUGGAUUAGUGAUCAGACAUUGUCCUUAAGAUUUAUCUGAAAGCUUCUUGCAACGACAUUGAAGAUUUAGUGAUCCGGGAUUAGAGGAUAAUUUAUUCAAUCCUGAAACUGUUCAUACAUCCCAAAUGUUGUCCCACUACCAAGGACCCUUGUCGAAUGCAUCCAACUCCGAAAAAUGAUCAUUCCCUAAUGUGUGACUAACUUCAAAUGAUUAGUACCAAUCCAGCUGAUCCCUACAAACCUCUGCCCGAUAUUUCCCUCAAUCGUGACACUUUCUUCUGCGCACCAUUCUUGUUGCAUCCUUUUGGUGCCAACCAGCAUGAUCAAGCGACGUCUCGACCACAAUUAAUGUGCUCUUGCAAGUGGUCAGAGCAGAGAAAAUCUACUAAAAAAAUAUAAAUAGAUAGUAAAGUGAAACUGUAGCAGCAUUUUAAAUAAAAGUAAGUGACUCUUUACUCAUCAAUCUGGUUUUAUUUGUGCUGCGAACAGUCACAACAAGAUUGUAGGAAAGCAAGAAAAAAAAACGAUAUAAAUGUUAACAUUUCAUCUUGAUUUCAUUCGGUAUCAGUGAGUGUCUUCCUCUUGCACAAGAAAUUUGAUUGUGAGGAAAAAAAAGUACGGUGAAAAACUAUAUCUUUUGAAACUAUUUAAAAGAAGUAGAAAAAAAAAACGAGACACAUUUUGUGUUGGAAAGUGUGAGGAAAAGAAAAGUGGAUCAGGAAACAUUAUCGCGGUUGAAGAAGAAUCGCAGUGAGAAGAGAGUGCCAAAAGUUUGGCAGGAAGGGAAGUAAAGGCGAAAAGGAGUACGAAAAUUUUUAAUUAUGACCAGAUAUUCUUGCGGCAGAGAAAAGUCAAAAACUCAAUGAAUCGAGCAAUUAGCAAGUCGAAGAAGUGAAUGGUGAGGUCCGUAAUUAAAAGUUGUGGCAGCAAUCAAGAUUUGCAUUAAAAGUUGUGAUAAACGCGCCAAAAAAAAAAGUUACGAUCGAACUCGUGAAAUUCAUUAACAAUCCAUGUACCAUAUGGGCGUAAUUGCAUUAUACAUAUCGAUGUACAUGGUGUGAAGGUCCUCCACCCCUGAAUCCGACGCCCAAGUUAUUUCUUGUCCAGCGACGGAUCCCAUCAGUUCCACGUGUGAUCUAUCAGUGUGCGGAAUUCCCUCUGGAAAGUGCUUGUUCUCAAACUCCCUUCCACCAAAAAAUUUUAUAUGUAAUACAUAAAAGUGAAGCAAUUAUCCGUGGAUUAACUGAUCUCAAGCAAAUGAACAAGAAAUAUCAUCUCAAUGAUAUGUGAUUCUUCUCGCUCGAAAGAUCAAUUCUCCACUGUGAUCUCGGCUUGGAGAUAUUCUUGCACCUCCUCAAAUGUGUAACACCGAUAGACCAGGAGGAUAAAUGUGGUGCAGUUAGAUGUCUGUGAAGCAUUUGAGUUGUGUGGCAAGAGAGGAAUCCAACACAACAGCAUUUGAAUGGUUAGUGAAGAUGCGAGAAAAAGAUCAUUCGCCCCGAAAAAUGCUCCCAAGUCCGAAGCAGGGGGCCGUUUAUCCCCUGCUCGGCAGCAAUUUAUCAUUUUCAUCGCAAAUUCCAUACGAUUUAUCUCUUGGAAGUCGUUCCUCAUCAUCAAAUCUAUUGCUACAGCAAAAUGAAUCGCAACAUGAUCAACCACUUGACCUACGGGUUGAUCAUAAGAAGAUUGCAUUCCAUUGCACCACUAAUCGGGUUGAAGAUGAAAAUAGCAAUGUCAUCAUUAUGGAUCAGCGAUCCAUGAGUCCCAUCAAUAACAACAAUAAUGACGACAAUUGCAAAACAACCAAUAACAACAACAGCAGCACCUUUACCAGCAAAGAAGAGCUGCGGAUACCGAAUUUACCCUGUCACUCACCGGCAUCGCUAUUUCCAUCCCCUACCACCCUCCAUCCACUCAUGUUGGAAGCCAUGGCGAAAGCAGCCAGAAUUCCUCUACACUACCGCAGUCCGUUUGUCUCACCACGCCCACCGGCGCCCUUUGACCUCCUGAGACCCAAGCCUGAACUCUUGUCUAGCCUGCCGCAACUAAUAUCCCCAACAGCGCCCCAGCCCAGUAAUGGUGAUAGUCCUGCUCUGGGCAAUUCCCUUCCACAUCCGGGCAAGAACAAGGAUCGGUAUGCGUGUAAAUUCUGCGGCAAGGUCUUUCCCCGAUCCGCCAAUCUCACGCGCCACCUACGAACGCACACCGGUGAACAACCCUAUAAGUGCAAGUACUGCGAACGUUCCUUCAGCAUAUCGAGUAAUCUGCAACGGCACGUCCGUAACAUCCACAACAAAGAGCGCCCCUUCAAGUGUGCCCUGUGCGAACGGUGCUUCGGGCAACAGACCAAUCUAGACAGGCACCUCAAGAAGCACGAAGCGGACGCUGUAUCUCUCGGUCUAGGCUUCGAUGAGCGCCUGAGGAAUGCAAGACGCUCAACGAGAGGCCUCACGGAUGACUCCUAUUUUGAGGAGAUACGCUCCUUUAUGGGAAAAGUCACACAACUGCCGCUGUCACUGCGAACAGCCAACCACCCACCAGAUGCCCACUCAUCGCGGAGCUCCUCGUCCUCGGAGCCCGUAUCUCCUAAGUCGAUGCACGCCCACGAGGACACCGGCGAGCAGAAUAACAACUCCACGGCGAGUAGCAACAACAAUCACAUCAGUGACGAUCAUGUGCAAGUUACCUGACCUUUUUUUCACGCUCGCCUCAGACGCGUCUCUCUCGCUAUCCUUGCCACUCCUACCCCACUAAUCACCUGGGUUCUUAGCAUCUCGAUCCAUUUACUAGUGAUUCAUAUCAUUACAACCCGAAACACUAAAUUUAUCCGUGAGGAAAAGACACCGAAAUUGACUUAUAGAAUUUUGAUUUAAAUGUUAACCCUUCAGUUCAGUUUUAUUAAUUAUUUUUUUAAUUUUUUUUUUAUUUUUUUUUUGUGUAGGAUAAGUGUGCCAAAUUUCGGCCAGCUUGCAAUUUCGGCCACUUUUUUUGUUCCUCGAAUUUCCAUGAAUUUUAGAUUUUAUGUUACUCUAGAGAUUAUGCAAUGCAAAAGAAUAACAAAAAAUGUAGCUUCGACAAACGAGAUGACGUGAAAAAGAUAUUUGAAGAAUUCCCGAAGGGCAAGGAACUAUGACAAAGAAGGUGGUCGAAAUAGGGCACCAAAGCUAUGUCUAAUUCUAAAAUGUAUUAAGAAUGAUUUUCGAGUGAAUAAAGGCGGUAAACUCUUUGCAAGGUUCCAAGCAACACUCUUACAAAAGAAGAAUAAAAAAAAUCAAUUUGUAUUUAAAAUAUUACAUUUCAAACUUAAGACUUUGACGCUUGCAUGCAACUAUGCCGAAAUUUGGUACACUUACCCUAAUAAAAACCAACUUUGUAAAAUCAUAAAGGUAAAGUCAAUAACUUUACUGUAACUCCCCUUAAGAAACUCUUCUUUUAAUACAGGAAUGAAAUACUCGAAGAAUUUCGUAUAUCAAAAAAUAAGCCACGCCCAGAACUUCAUCAAAAAAAUUAUCCACACCCACACGCUCAAAAAUCCUGACCCUCAUUUUUUUGGAUUUAAUUUCUAUUCUAUUAAUUUCUAUUUAAUUUCUCGAAAAAAAAACAUUUUUCUUAUUUAAUUUUCUAGGGAGUGGUUGGGGAGGGGCCUUUUAUUGACAGCUUAAGCUUUCAGGAUCACUCGCAAAAUUAGGUUUAGGAAUCAUUUUGCUAAUGGCUCCGGCACACCUUUUAGAUCAGGAAAAUUUCAUAAAGUCGAAAUUCGCAUCUUUUUCUUUCUCAAACCUAAUUAUGACUAUCUCACUCUUUCGCAUUCUUCUUUUUAUUCUUUUAAACGUCAUAACAAAUUAAAUUUAGCACAAUUGAAUUUGAAGUGCGAAUGAGCGAGAUAAAAAUACGCAAAACGUUUGAGAAAAAAAAAGGGAUGUGAAUUUUGAUUUUAUGAAAUUUUCCUGAUCUGAAAGCUGUUCCGGAAACAUAAGUGAUUUUAUUUUCUUAUGGCGCUGGCACACCUUUUCAAUUGAGUGAAUUUCAACAGAUUGAAAUUUUACCUCUUACUCUUUCAAAGUGAAAUCAGAUAUAAGGUGUCUCUUUUUGUCAAAUGAAAUUUGAAAUUGAAAUUGGAAUUUCAAACUUUAUCUUAGUGAAUUAAACUAGUAACUUUAUAAACUAAACUUUAUUUUAGUGAAUUUUUAUUUCAUUUAUAAAUUGAUAAGGUGUGCCAGCGCCAUUAGUACCAAUUUAUGUAAUAGAUAAAAAACAAAACAAAUUUUAAUUGUAUGACUCUGAUGACUAUUGUCAGGGUUAUUGGUGACACUUAAAUUAUUCUAAAUAUAAUAGCAAAUACUGAACCAGGAUCUCAUUCACUUCAAUUUCCUGAAAUGAAAUGUAACUUUGAUUGUGGGCGUGGCAUGUUCUUGAUAGCUUAGGCUCUAAAGUCCUUUCCUGGAUUGAAUUUUGCAAUAAAAUACUACCAAGUGAUAAAAAAUGAAAAAUAACAAAUUCAGUCAGUUAAAAUUUGAGUUGAAAAUCUCUAAAAAGGGCGUGGCUAAAAAUUUUUCAUACGACGAAUUUGCCUAAAAGCCUUGUCUCGUAUCUUUCGCAAUGCAAUAGUAUUCUCCAUUCCGAAAGAUUAUGAAAAACUUGGUUUUACCUAAAUGUAGUAGAAUGUAGGUACUGAAUCCAGAUCUCAAAUUUUCAUUUCUGAUUCUUUAAAAACAAAAUCUUUUUUUUUAAUGUUCUACGGGGGCGUGGCGUAUUCUUGAUAGUUUGAAUUUUCAGGACAUCGCCUUGGAUUGAAAUUUAAGAGUAAUUGGCUAUCAAGUGAAAUACUUUUUGAACAAAGAAAUUGCACAUUUAUUUAAGUAGGGUCGAAGGAACACCUAUUCGACAGAGAACCCUUAUUGACACUUUUGCCAAAAUGUUGAAAUUUAUUUAAUGCAUCCAAUAAAAUCUAAGUAAUAUUACUUUUUUUCAUUAAUCUGCGUUUUUCGAUAAGGAUAAAUGUUAGAAUUUCGUAUUCCAAUUGGUACAGAGUAGGGUGUCAAUAAGUCCUGACACGAGUUCUUAAAAUACCAAUAGGUGUUCCCUUAACCCUAAUUGAGUAAUGAAGGGGCGUGGCCUAAAUUUUCUCAUCGGUAGAAUUUCUAGAAGAGUCAUACUUCUCAUGCUCUUCUGCUAUGUUGUGAUCUUUUUUUAUUAAAAAUAAAGUGAAAUUAAAUUUCAUAUAUAUUUUUUUUUCAAAUUAAUUCUAAUAUUCUAGGAUUGCAUAAGAACCCAAACUAACCCUUUCUUUUCGUUCAACACUUUCUUUAGACCUUAGCGCAAAUGAUGAAGUGAAAAUUAAUAAAAACGAACGUACAAUAUUAGAAUAACUCGUGUUAAAAAUGUAUUAUCUAUUGUAAAGAUUUGAUUUAGUAAAAAAAACGAAGAGUGAAACAUUCCUAUAUAGUGUAGUAUUGUAAUUAUUUCAAUGUAAAUUAAAUUUCCCCAAUUUCCGUGAUUUUCCCUCUCAAAAAUCCAAAUGAAAGGGAUCAAAAGUUGCACAGAAUAUUCCAAUUAAAUGUGUUAAUAGAAUUGUUAGAAGAGAUGAACUUUUCUGAAAAAUUACCUGCUAUUUUUGUAAAAAAAAUAAAUAAAAUAAAAAACAGAAAAAUAUCAUUAAAUUAGCGAUGCAAAAAAUUGUAAAUAGAUUUUUUGUAAGUACUGUGAAUAGAACCAUGUAAGUAGUGUAGAUUUAUAAGAAAAUUAUUUGAAAGAAUUGAGCAACAGAAUACUCUUUUGGGAUUAUUUCAUACCAAAGUCAUUUUUUUCGCUUUAGAUGGUGACAAUAUUUGGAAUUAAAAUGAAAAAUUUAGGGCAAGAAGAAAUAAAUUAUUCCUCAAUGGACGAAUCCUAGUGACUUUAGUUACCGUGAAUUUCCUUCACCUACUUCACUGCCGUUAACUAUAGCGAAAAAAAAACAUUUAGAGAGAAAAAUAGAUAGAUUGACAAAACAAUAAAGAAUGAAGGUCUAUUUUGUAUCACGCUUAUCACAAGCAAAUUUCGUCCCAGUUUUCAUCCUAUUUGUGCAAGUUGAAUCACAUUUGCAUGACAAUUGCAAAAACGCUUUAGAAAUAACCACGAGAAUAUGAACAAUUGCACAGCAAAGAGAUGUUUUUAGUGAAUUUCCAAUGCACUAUUUUGCAACUUAUCCACUGAAUUUGUUAGAAAAGAAUAUCUUCUGCAUUUAUCACCAAUAGAAGAGCAUACAAUCUAAAGCACUCUGAAAUAAUCCACAAGACAAAAUGCGAAAGUUUUUCAAAAUUUUUUACUUUAAUAAGAAAAUUGUAAUUCACAUGACCUGUAAUUAUGACAAAAUUUGUAACAUAGACGCAAAAGAGAGAAUGUUUUCUUCAUAGAAAAUUAAUAUAUUGAUUUAAUAGUUUAAAUAGAAUUAAAUAAUUUUUUUUUGUAAAAUUACAACUUAAAUCUUGUUACCAUUUUUUACAUAGAAAAACAGCACAAUUAUUUUUUUUGUUUAUAGAAAAGAAAACAUGACAAAUUUCUACGUAAUAAAAUUUUGAUAUAUUGAAAA